GCGCGUGGCAGGGCUCCUGGAUGUGUCACCUUGUCCCGCUGCAGCCGAGAUGCCCGGGGAGAGGGGCCCUCCACACCCCCUCCGUGGGUGUGUGGAUGGUGCACCAUGGACGAUUUUGCCCUGGAAGAUUGCACUGUAGCAGAUUAUGCCUGCUUAGAAGAUGGCCCUUAUGUGGACGAUUGUGUCUUUGCUCCCGAAUUUAUGUCUAAUGAUUAUGUUCGUGUGACUCAACUUUACUGUGAUGGGGUGGGUAGGCAGUAUAAAGAUUAUGCCAAAAGUGAGAGAAACUUAGAAUUCGACAUCUGCAGUAUGUGGUGUAGUAAACCAAUUUCUGUCCUGCGAGAUUACUGUGAUGCCAUCAAAAUACACAUCUUCUGGCCACUUCUGUUUCAACAUCAGCACAGUUCUGUAAUAUCACGGUUGUAUCCCUGUGUGGAGGCUGCUAGUUCUCAUGCUUCUGAGAUAAGUUUGAAGAAAUUACAAUAUCUUGAGUUGAUGGAAGAUAUUGUGGAUUUGGCAAAGAAAGUUGCGAAUGACUCAUUCUUUAUUGGGGGUUUACUGAAGAUUGGUUAUAAAAUAGAAAAUAAAAUAUUGGUAAUGGAAGAAGCUUUGAAUUGGGUGAAAUACACAGGCGAUGUAACAAUUCUACCUAAAUUAGGAGCAGUUGACAAUUGUUGGCCUAUGUUAAGUAUUUUCUUUACUGAAUACAAGUAUCACAUAACAAAAGUUGUAACAGAAAACUGCAAUAUGCUUGAAGAAUUUAAAAGGCAAAAUUGUGCGGAGUGUAUAGAGCAAGGAGAACUAAUGAAAAUGAGAGGAAAUGAAGAGUUUUCCAAAGAAAGAUUUGAUGUAGCUAUUAUCUACUACAGCAGAGCCAUUGAAUAUAGUCCUGAAAAUCACCUUCUCUAUGGUAACCGAGCUCUUUGUUUUCUUCGCACUGGACAGUUCAGAAAUGCACUUGGUGAUGGAAAGAGAGCCAUUAUUCUGAAGAACAAUUGGACAAAGGGUCAUUAUCGUUAUUGUGCUGCUCUUUCUAUGCUGGGGGAAUAUGACUGGGCCCUGCAAGCAAACAGUAAAGCUCAAAAACUCUGUAAAAAUGACCCUGAGGGAAUCAAGGAUCUAAUUCAGCAGCAUAUAAAGUUACAAAAUCAAAUAGAAGACCUGCAAGGUGGAACAUCAGCUAGGAAUCCAAUUAAAGCCUUUUAUGAAAGCAGAGCCUACACACCUAAUUCAUCAGCACCUGCAUUUAGUGCUUCACUUAACUUUGUAGAGACUGAAAGAGAUUCCAGAAAAACCAACCACGAAAUGGCAAACGGUGGUAAUCAGAAUCUAAAGGUGGUAGAUGAAGCUUUGAAGGUAGAUGAUUGUGACUGUCAUCCUGAAUUUCUACCACCGUCAGGUCAGCCUUCAAAACAUAAAGGAAAACAAAAAUCUCGAAACAAUGAAUUGGAGCUCAGUUCUGGUUCACAAGGGAGUUUACCAGCAGAUUUGAAAAGCAUCUUGGAGAAACAGUUUUCUAAAUCUUCCAGAGCUGCACACCAGGAUUUUGCUAAUAUAAUGAAAAUGCUGAGGAGCUUGAUCCAGGACGGUUACACAGCUCUGCUGGAGCAGCGGUGCCGGAGUGCUGCCCAGGCCUUCUCGGAGCUGCUUAACGGCUUAGAUCCUCAGAAAAUAAAGCAAUUGAACCUGGCCAUGAUUAACUAUGUCUUAGUGGUCUACGGACUUGCUAUUUCUCUCCUUGGGAUAGGACAGCCUGAGGAAUUAUCUGAAGCUGAAAACCAAUUUAAGAGGAUGAUUGAACACUACCCCAAUGAGGGACUUGAUUGCUUGGCCUACUGUGGAAUUGGAAAAGUAUACCUUAAAAAAAACAGGUUUCUAGAAGCUCUUAAUCACUUUGAGAAAGCAAGAACCUUGAUUUUUCGACUACCUGGAGUGUUAACUUGGCCCACAAGUAAUGUGGUUAUUGAAGAGACUCAGCCAGGGAAAAUAAAGAGUGUCUUAGAGAAAUUUAUUGAAGAAUGCAGGUUCCCUCCUGUGCCAGAUGCUGUUUGUUGCUAUCAGAAGUGCCAUGGAUAUUCCAAAAUCCAGAUAUACAUAACAGAUCCAGACUUUAAGGGUUUUAUACGAAUCAGCUGUUGCCAGUACUGCAAAAUAGAAUUUCACAUGAACUGUUGGAAGAAGUUAAAAACAACCACCUUUAAUGAUAAAAUUGACAAGGAUUUUCUACAAGGAAUUUGUCUUACACCUGACUGUGAAGGUAUCAUUUCUAAGAUUAUCAUCUUCAGCAGUGGUGGUCAAGUUAAAUGUGAAUUUGAACACAAGGUCGUAAAAGAAAAGGUUCCUUCAAGACCUAUUCUGAAACAGAAAUGUUCUAGCCUAGAGAAACUAAAACUGAAAGAAGACAAAAAAUUGAAGAGAAAAAUCCAAAAACAGGAAGCAAAAAAAUUAGCACAAGAGAGAAUGGAAGAAGACUUAAGGGAAAGUAACCCACCCAAAAACGAAGAGCAGAAAGAAACUGUAGCCAGUGUUGAGAGUUGCCAGUUCCUGGAUGACAGGAUUCUGCAGUGCAUCAAGCAGUACGCCGACAAGAUUAAAUCCGGUGUGCUGAAUACGUCUAAGCUCCUCAAAGAGUUGCUCUCGUGGAAGGUUUUAAGCACAGAAGACUACACAUCCUGCUUUUCCAGCAGAAAUUUUCUAAGUGAAGCAGUGGACUAUGUCAUUCGUCACUUGAUUCAAGAAAAGAAUAGAGUCAAAACAAGGAUAUUCCUGCAUGUUUUGAGUGAGCUUAAAGAAGUGGAGCCAAAAUUAGCCACCUGGAUCCAGAAACUUAAUAGCUUUGGCUUAGAUGCCACAGGAUCUUUUUUCUCUCGUUACGGAGCGUCUCUUAAGGAUCUUGAUUUCAGCAUCAUGACUUUUCUCUGGAAUGAGAAGUAUGGUCACAAACUAAACUCUAUAGAAGGAAAGCAACUGGACUAUUUCUGUGAGCCAACAUCAUUGAAGGAAGCCCGGUGUUUGAUAUGGCUGCUAGAAGAUCACAGAGACAAGUUCCCGGCGCUGCAUAAUGCUUUAGAUGAAUUCUUCGAUAUCAUGGACAGCCGCUGCACUGUGUUGAGGAAACAAGACAGUGGUGAUGUGCCAUUUAAUUCUACCAAGAUAAAAAACAAAGGCAAGAAGAAGAAGCCAAAAGAUUCAAAGCCUAUGUUAGUUGGGUCUGGAACAACUUCAGUAACACCUAAUAAUGAGACCAUAGCUUCAGGCGAAGACCGCAACAGACGCAAUUCAAAUUUCACAGGCCCAUUUGUAGUGCCUGACCAUCUUCGGCAAGAUGUAGAAGAAUUCGAAGCUCUCUAUGAACAGCACAGCAAUGAAUAUGUUGUCCGUAAUAAGAAGCUGUGGGACAUUAACCCAAAACAAAAAUGUUCAACUCUAUAUGAUUAUUUCUCUCAGUUGUUGGAAGAACACGGCCCCUUGGAUAUGAGUAACAAGAUGUUCUCUGAAGAAUAUGAAUUCUUCCCAGAAGAAACUCGGCAGAUACUAGAAAAAGCGGGAGGUUUGAAAUCUUUCCUCCUGGGAUGUCCGCGUUUUGUUGUGAUUGACAACUGUAUUGCUUUGAAGAAAGUUGCAUCACGGCUCAAGAAAAAGAGAAAGAAGAAAAACAUCAAGACAAAGGUAGAAGAAAUGUCAAAAACAGGCGAGUAUUUACGAGUUAAACUGCCACUGAAUCCAACUGCUAGAGAAUUUAAACCAGAUGUAAAGUCCAAACCAGUGUCCAAUUUAUCCUCAGCACCAGCUUCUGAGGAUGUGAAGCCCAAACCUGGAUCUGCUGAUUCUCCCAAUCCAGCCUGUGAAGCCGAGAAGCCGAAACCAGUAUCCGAGAAUUCUCUCAGAUCAGUUCCUGAGGAUGAGAAGCCCAAGGAGGUCUCUCCUGAUUCUCCCAAACCAGUCUCUGAGGAUACAAGUCACCAACGAGCCUCCUCUAAUUCUCGCAAACCAGUUCCUGAGGAGGUGAAAGCAACCUAUUGGACUCAAGCCCAUUUGGUCACAGGAUACUGUACAUACCUUCCCUUUAGGGCAUUCGACAUUACCCCGCCACCACCAACGUACAUAAGCGUGGUACCGACUUUGCCCCAGUACACUAACAUUUACACACCUCUGGCCACCAUUUCUCCUGAAUAUCAGCUGCAAACAUCAAUAGCAGUGGUGCCAUCUUUUGUAGCCAAUGACAGACCAGAUCAAAGUGCUGCUGUGUAUUUUGAGGGUCCUCAUUUGAAUAUUGAGCAUGCCCCUGGUAACCAGAUUGCUUCAGAAACACAGAUCCUUCAGGACUCUUUGGAGAUACCAGUAAAGUCACAGUGUGGCAUGGGUGGUGCUGAUCCAGCCCAGGGUGAGCCCAGCAGAAAUGAUGGUCACUGUGAAAAUUCUGCCCACAAGCGGGAAGCAAACCCAGAAAAGAGCAAUGAAGCAAUGAACAUUCCAUACGCACAAGUAGUAGCCAUACAGGUAUCUGGGAGUACAGCACAUCAGGAAGUCAAUACUGAGCCAUAUGAUCCUUUUGAGGCACAACUGGGGGAUAUUUCACAGAUUGAAAAGGAGUACCAGGUUUUACAAGAGCAGCUUAAGGAAGCAUGUGAGAAUUACGAGCAGAGAAAACUCAAGGGCGCAGAAGAGACCAGGGACCUGGAAGAAAAGUUGAAAAGGAACCUGGAAGAAAACAAGAUCUCAAAGACAGAAUUAGAUUGGUUCCUCGAAGAUUUGAAAAAGGAAAUUAAAAAAUGGCAACAGGAGAAAAAAGAAAUGCAAGAAAGACUAAAAGCACUGAAGAAGAAAAUGAAAAGUGUUUCAGAUGCCACUGAAACGUACACCCAGAAAAAUGAUGGGCAGGAAAAGGAACAUGAAUUCCUUCUGGACCAGUCUUCUGAAAUCAGUAAUACAUUUACAAAUGAGAAAAUGAAAAUAGAAGAGCAAAUAAAGAAAGGGAAAGAGCAAUAUGAAGAGAUUCUUCAAAGAGCUGUGGCUGCAGAGGUAUCUGUGCUUGAAAACGGGAGGGAGACGGAAGUGUAUAAGUUACGGAUCAUGGAAUCACAGGCAGAAGGGUAUCUGAAGACCCUGAAGCAGUUGAGCAGUGAUUCUGCAGCAUAUCCUGACCUGGAGUCUGACGUACAUUCAUGGGAAUCAUUUCUUUCUGAUGUUAGAAAAGAAAUUGACAAAGCUGAGUCUCAGUUUGAAGAACAAAUUAAGGCAAUUAAAAAUGGUUCUCGGCUCAGUGAGCUUCCUAAAGUGCAGAUUUCUGAGCUUUCACGUCCUGCCUAUAGCACAAUUCGCCCAAAGUCACUUCCUGAGACUUCAGGUCACGAUGAUCAGGGUCCUCAGGAUCCCUCAACUUCUGCAAGUCAUGGGACCAGAAACCACACAGCGGUUCCCAAGGAUUUAAGUCUGGUCUCUGCCAAUGAUCACCCAGUGGGGGCUUCCUCUCCACCGCUGCCAGCAUCCCUCUCCAGUCAGCUGGAAGUCGCCCAGCUGCCAGAGUGUGAGAGUGCUGGCAAGGCAGCUCAGUCAAAACAAAGCCUCAUGGCUGAUCAGAAACUGCCUGUUCCUCCAGGACCCACUACCCGUCUAAGCCAGUCUCCAAAAAAGCCGUUCAAUAGUAUCAUCGAGCACCUGUCAGUGGUGUUCCCCUGUUACAACAGCACCGAGCUUGCUGGAUUUAUUAAAAAAGUGCGAAACAAAAGCAAGAAUUCGCUCUCAGGACUGAGCAUUGAUGAAAUUGUCCAGAGGGUGACAAAACACAUUCUAGAUGAACAAAAAAACCUACAGACACUGAGUGCACUUUCCUGUGAAAUAUGUCAUGAGGUGUUCAAAUCCAAAAAUGUGCGUGUGCUGAAAUGUGGACACAAGUUUCACCGAGGGUGCAUGAAGCAGUGUCUGAAAGGCCAGAGCACCUGCCCGGCCUGUGGCGACCACGGCCUCCCGUCAGAAGAGUAGCCCAGCCUCUGGAAGAGGCUGCCGGUGCCCUAGGCAGUCACAGCCCACCCAGGGUCACACACCGGUGUGUUGAAACAGAAGAGUAACGAUAUACACCUUUGGUAUAAAAGGCAAACAUUUGAAGAUUCUUUGCACUAUCCAGCACUAAUAAGUGGGAAUCUUUAACAUAGUUGAUAGUAAUUUCCCCUCUGAUGAAACACAUGGGUAACAGUGAGAUGGUGGCCAACAGAAGUGAGAGUGGCCACACUCACGUAGGCUGGGCUGCGGCGCCGCUCUGAGGCACAGGCUCCUUCGGGAAGUCAAGAGCGCCUCGGAGCUGAACUUGAAUUCUUGACCUGUUCAAGUACCCAGCUUAAAGUUUCCCCAAGAGUCAGUAUUCCUGAAAAUAUGCCAGAAUUUUUCCUCAAAGAUUCUGCAUUUUAAAAAUGGGCUUAAGCAAACCACAUUUUAAUCAUUUGUAGUUAAUGUUAAAAUAUUGGCUGAAUUAGACCAAAAGAUUCAAAUCUCAUGUGAAACGUGUGAUUUUGACUAUUCAUUUCAUUAUUUCAUUUCCCAAAAGUAGAUUUGUAAAGUGCUUAUUUGUUGUCUUGUGAAAAUAUAAGCUGAGUUUUGAAAAUUUAUUACAAAACACUUUCUGAUAUCAGCCAAGACUUUUUGCCCCUGGCACCGAGGCUCCAUAGUCUCCGUCGCCCAGCCUCCCCCUCGGAAGCUACUUUCUGGCUCCCUCACCCUUCUCCGUAGUGGCAACUGCCCUGCUUCAGGAUAGACAGCUAGUGUCUAGGCGUCUCCCCAUAGCUCACAGCAGGCACUGUGGGGAUCACCGUCGUUCCCCUUCCCUGCCCCACCACCAAAAAGAGAGUCGUAUGUGAAUGACAGUCCCAAGGUGUCCCUGCUGCACUCAUCCCGUGUUUGCCGUUUGUGUGAGAAAUGCAUGCACUCUUGUACUAACCCUAGUAGAAACUGUUUAAAAUUAGUUCUCUUUAGUGACCUAUGGACAGUGGUAAAUGUAGAAACAUGACUUCUGGAUGCAUUCCAUUUCUCUCGACAGGAAGGAUCAAUAGAUUUUCCAGUGUAUUAUUUGUUCCCUGAGAAGCUCAGUCCCAAGUUCAUGAGCUGGUCUGUCGCCCUCCUCUGCCUUGCUCCUUGAGUUUUGAUGUCUCGGUGGAUUAGGCAUAGACACUUAUUCCCUGUUUUGGAACAGAUUCUCCACGUGGGUCCCUAACACAUUGUCUGCAUGUUCCUAAUGGCCGAGAGCUGUAGAUGGAUAUGGAGGGACCAGUGUGCAGCAGCAGGUACAGAGGAAAAGCAGAGCAGCUGGGAAGUGAGGGAGCGUGUUUUGUACAGAGCUUCAGACUUGUGUGAACAUGCCUUACACGUCCUGUGUCAAUAAAGAGCAUUUUAAAAUGG